CGCGGCGCGGGGCGGGGCUCGCGCGCUCCCUGGUAACGAGCGCCGCGCGCGCGGGGCCGCGCCCCCUCCCCUCACGCCCCUCGCCGCCGCCAUGCAGGGCGAGGACGCCCGGUACCUCAAGAGGAAGGUAAAAGGAGGUAACAUAGAUGUGCAUCCAUCUGAAAAAGCCCUCAUUGUCCAUUAUGAAGUGGAAGCAACGAUUCUGGGAGAGUUGGGAGACCCCAUGCUGGGGGAACGCAAGGAAUGUCAGAAAAUAAUUCGGCUGAAGAGUCUUAAUGCAAAUACAGAUGUUGGUUCCCUGGCUCGAAAGGUGGUUGAAGAAUGCAAGCUCAUUCACCCCUCCAAGCUUGCAGAAGUAGAGCAGCUGCUGUACUACCUGCAGAACCGCAGAGAUUCCUCAGCAGGAAAAGAAAAGAAAGAGAAAACCAGCAAACCAAAAGAUCCACCCCCAUUUGAAGGAACAGAGAUUGAUGAAGUUGCCAAUAUCAAUGACAUGGAUGAGUACAUUGAGUUACUCUAUGAGGACAUUCCUGACAAAGUGCGUGGCUCUGCCCUCAUCCUGCAGCUGGCCAGGAAUCCUGACAAUUUGGAAGAGCUGCUUAUAAAUGAAACUGCCCUGGGUGCAUUGGCUAGAGUGCUGAGGGAAGACUGGAAGCAAAGCAUUGAACUGGCUACCAAUAUAAUUUACAUUUUCUUCUGCUUUUCAAGUUUCUCUCAAUUUCAUGGGAUAAUCACACAUUACAAAAUUGGAGCUCUGUGUAUGAAUAUCAUAGACCAUGAACUGAAGAGACAUGAGCUUUGGCAGGAAGAGCUUGCUAAAAAGAAGAAAGCUGUUGAUGAAGAUCCUGAAAAUCAAACCCUAAAAAAGGACUAUGAGAAAACUUACAAGAAAUACAAAGGGCUGGUUGUCAAGCAGGAACAGCUGCUUAGAGUUGCAAUUUAUCUGCUCCUAAACCUCGCUGAGGAUACUCGCAUUGAGCUGAAGAUGAGGAACAAGAACAUUGUCCACAUGUUGGUGAAAGCACUGGACCGGGAUAAUUUUGAGCUGCUUAUCCUUGUUGUAACCUUCCUGAAGAAACUCAGCAUCUUCAUGGAGAACAAAAAUGAUAUGGUUGAAAUGGAUAUUGUUGAAAAACUUGUGAAAAUGGUACCAUGUGAACAUGAAGACCUGCUGAAUAUCACUCUUCGACUCUUACUGAAUCUCUCCUUUGACACAGGCCUGAGAAGUAAAAUGGUCCAUGUUGGUUUGCUUCCCAAACUCACUGCACUCCUGGGGAACGAAAAUAACAAAAAAGUAGCGAUCUGCAUUCUGUAUCACAUCAGCAUGGACGAUUGCUUUAAAUCGAUGUUUGCAUAUACAGACUGCAUCCCUCAGUUAAUGAAGAUGCUUUUUGAAUGUCCUGAUGAGAGAGUUGACCUGGAACUUAUUUCUUUCUGUAUUAACCUUGCUGCCAACAAAAGAAAUGUGCAGCUUAUCUGUGAAGGAAAUGGUUUGAAAAUGCUCAUGAAGCGGGCUUUGAAGUUUAAGGAUCCAUUGUUAAUGAAGAUGAUCAGAAAUAUUUCACAACAUGAUGGGCCAACUAAAAGCCAGUUUAUUGAAUAUGUUGGUGAUCUAGCAGCUCAAAUAUCAAAUUUUGAAGAAGAAGAGUUUGUGAUUGAAUGCCUGGGAACACUUGCAAAUUUGACCUUACCAGAGUUGGACUGGGAACUUGUGCUGAAGGAAUACAAACUGGUUCCAUAUCUCAAGGAUAAGUUAAAACCAGCAGGUUCUGCUGAGGAUGACCUUGUUUUGGAAGUGGUGAUCAUGAUUGGGACUGUGUCCAUGGAUGACUCCUGUGCUGCUCUGCUGGCUAAAUCUGGGAUCAUCCCUGCACUCAUCGAGCUGCUGAACGCUCAACAGGAAGAUGAUGAGUUUGUCUGCCAGAUCAUCUAUGUAUUUUAUCAGAUGGUGUUCCACCAAGCCACCAGAGAUGUCAUCAUCAAGGAAACACAAGCUCCAGCGUACCUCAUAGACCUGAUGCAUGAUAAAAACGCUGAGAUCCGCAAGGUCUGUGACAACACUCUGGAUAUCAUAGCGGAAUAUGAUGAGGAAUGGGCUAAAAAAAUCCAGACGGAGAAGUUUCGAUGGCACAACUCGCAGUGGCUGGAGAUGGUGGAGAGCCGGCAGAUGGACGAGAGCGAGCAGUACCUGUACGGGGAUGAUCCCAUCGAGCCCUACAUCCAUGAGGGGGACAUUCUGGAGAGACCUGACCUCUACUAUAGUGCAGAUGGGCUGAUAGCCCCUGAUGGAGCGGUGAGUCCAGAUAUCUUCGGGGAUUACCAACUUCAGAAUGGAGACCUGGUUGGGCAGCACCCCUUUUCCAGCAAUGGGAAACUGAGGUCAUGGAGAAAAGGAGCAACUUGUCCAGGAUCACACAGCAGCAUUGGAGUGGAUGGCUUCGGCCAGAGCUCGGGCGUUCCCGGGCGCCCGGCGACCGCCUACGGCUACCGGCCGGACGAGCCCUUCUACUACGGCUACGGAGCGCGGUGAGCCCGGCCAGCAGCACCCUGCUGCUCCUGCAUGGCUGCAGCACAUGGCUGCAGCACUCUGUAUCCUUUGGCAUGUGUAGCUCACAUACAUUUAGCCUUUCUGGGUCCGGUGUGUUAGUGACAGUGUUUACUCUUUGGUUGCUCUUUGUUAUUAUUUUUGUACAGUAACUGUGACUAGAAAGCAAGAAUUGGAAACUACUGGACUGGAAAGUGUCACAUUAUGUAUAUUAAGCUACUAAUUUAAUUUCUAUUAAAUAUAAAAACCUGUGUGGUCAGCAGUGGUGAAUGUGUUUCUAACCAAUGUUUUGUGUUUUACAAGGCACUUAAGAAGAGUGCUCCGUGUUCAGUGUGUUUAAUGUGGACUGUUUCCCUCACACUUCAGUCACAGAACACCACUGAGUCCCAGCAUCUCCUGGCACUGCCCUGACACAUAGUUUGGACCAAAGUCCAGUCCUGGGUCACCACUUUAAUAAUGGAAAGAUGGCACAGAUUCAAUCUCCUGGACCUUCACACAUUUACAGUCCAUUUUAAAUGCUUGAAAACACUUAAAAAUAGAAACUACACAACAGAAUACCUUUACCCUAGUGUUUAAACAGAGUUCUGUAGGCUGAGAGGAGACAGCCACAUCCAUUCUAAGGGCCAGCAAGAGCAAGAAACACUGUUCAGAAUCCAGAGGCUUUACCCCAGCUUCCCUAUGUGGAAAUACAAAUCCAUCCUGUCCUGCUAGUUUCUGGGGUCUAAGGUGGAUCUAAGCAGGGAUCAGUGAGCAGCAGAGUCAGGCCAGGACCCCUUCACACUGGACUUGCAGUGUGGUGAUUAUUUUAUGUCAUGUUUUGAAACAACCUGCAAACGGAAUUCAGGCUAAAGCCGUUCUUCAGCUGGGCAUGCCCACUGUAACAGACAGAAGAAAAGGAUGAUAAUGCCCUCUCUGCCACAGCUACCAAGGCAGCAGUUCAAAUUUUCACUUUUUAAAAGUAAAGUUACCUCUGCCUCAUCCUUUUUCUUUUGUUAAUGCCUGUUGAUUUGCAGAUUUGUUUUUCUUCUUCUUCAUCCCUCCUUUAUGGCUUAAACAGAAAGCUGACUUGCAUCAGGGGCUGUUCCUAUAAAACCAGUCACUAGUAAUUCCAUAAGACUGGGGUCUGUGCUGGGAAGGUGAUCUUCAAAGGCAUGGGAUUGUUUGGGGAAUCUGACAAACUCUUAGUCUUAUACUUCAAAAAUACCUUUGAAAUAAAAAUUGUUUUGAAACCCUG